AUGACACAUCAGUCUCGUCGAAGACGGAACUCUCCGUCAUCGACCAGGGCGAGUCGGGUCCGCUCCGCUUCGCCAGCUCGCGAACCAGCAUCCUCUGCUCCACGCCCGUUUGGUUCUGCCCGAAUCUCUCAAGGGCGCCAUUCCAUCCCUGCCUGUGACAGGUGUCGUUCAUUCAAGAAAAAGUGCAGCCGGACCUUUCCCGCGUGCAGUCUGUGUGCCAGCGCAGGUCAGAGUUGCUCGUAUAGUGCACCACCCGCUACCCCUGAAGCCGAGGCAUUGCAGUUGAGAGCACGGGUUCAAUGGUUCAGUGACUACAUCAACCGGCACCUCAUUGAGACACACCAUGAUGCAAGAAUCGAGGAUCCCCCAAGUCUCGGUGUUCAAAUCGACGGAAGCAUUACGACUUCACCUAUUGAUUCCGAGAGUGCCCGCCCAACUGGCCGCCAGGUAUCUUAUCAGAGCUCAACAGGCACACACAAUCCAGAAGCCGAUAACUUCGCGGCAGGUCAUGGCCUACCAACUGAUGCGGCAGCUCGUCGCUUUGUCGACGCCUACUUUCGGAACGUCAACGGAGCAUAUCCUUUUGUGAACCAGGCCAAGAUACUCGAGAAUCUCGAGACACUAGGUGACCUUGCUCAAAGGCUUCGUGACUCCCAGUCUACUCUCCUCUAUUUGGUCAUGUCCAUAGGUUGCACAACUCUGGAGCGAGCCAGCCGGGUCCCUAGAGACACGGCAAAACAGUUCAAGGUGGCAUAUGCCGAGAUCAUCCAAGAGUGCGUCUGUCGGGACAGCAUCGAGUCGGUCCAGAUCUUAAUGCUACUAGCGCUCUACUCGCUAUUUGACCCGGCUGGGGCGUUAGUAUACUCCAUUGUCGGGAUUGCGGCACGGCAGGCUAUCACGAUAGGCCUGGCUCGCCGACCAGCAGAUGAAAAUACCUAUCCACCUGCUGAAACAGAGCUUCGCCACCGUCUUUACUGGAGUAUCUACGCUCUCGACCGCAUGAUGGCCGUUUCACAAGGUCUACCCGUGGCUCUCCCAGACAACGCUGACGUGCCAUUUCCCGGUCUAACGGUCGAAGAAUUUGCCAGCGGGGAGAGAAUAACAUACGCGAGGAGACUGCAGACAAGCCGACACGUCAUCCAGCUACGCCAGCUGGAAGGCCGCAUCUUGGAGCAGAUUCAUUUCAGAAGAGAGGCCGACAUUGCGGAGCUGACACCCUUGGAUAGGCGAGCAACGCUGAGUAGUUUACGGGCGACCAUCGAGGAUUGGCAUAGUCAAGGAUGCCUGAUGUCACCGAUAGGGGGCGAUAACACCACCAUCCAUAGCAGCACGACUUGGCUCAGCGCGCGGUACUACUACCUGCUCCUUCUGUUAUACUACCCAAAUCACUUCAACAGCUCAGCCGGAGCUGUAUCACGGCAGGAGCUGCAGCAAUUCGCGCAGCGCCAGCUCCAAGCGACAUCGGCGCUCUUCCAACAGCAACAGUUACCCCUCAACUGCAACACGCUCUACAGGCUUAUGCCUAUAUGCCUGGUCUUGAUGUACGACUUUGUGGCAGUAUGCCGCUCAGCAAACUGGACCGCACAGUCGGAGUUUCCCUUUCUGGCCAGGGAUGAGGUUGCAGUCGCACUAUCAGUCCUAGAAGCGUUCCCAAAGGAGUGGAGCUUUGCACACCGAGCAGCGGAUGUAGUGCGUCAGUUCGCAGGUGUCGUAUCUGGCGGGAUGGCAGCCUUCUUUUCAGAUGACGCAAUUUAUGGGGGCAAAGAGAGUCUCCCGGUUUUGAUGAAACCUUGCAUUUCACGAAUGACAUCUCUGAUGCAAGAGAUGAUGGGGAAGUCAACGUGCUUUCAGUUUGUCGAGUAUCCAUCCGAUGAUAACAAGCGAGGAGAUGGUCAAGAGGCGGCCAUCCAAGUGGCCAUAAACCGGGAUGAGAUGGAGGGCAUCCAGGAGGUUGGGAUAGGGGAUGAAAAUGUGAUUGGUUAUGGUUGGGGCGCGAUAGAUUUGGAUUUUCUAUGA